ACGCCAGAAACAGACGAACUUUCUUGUGAGAAGGCUACAUUUAUUACCAUCCGUUCCUGGAACUUGGUUACAGCGCCAGAAUUUCGAUGCAUUUCUGUCACCAAAGUGUACAGCUUCAGCAGGGAAAUACCCACUUGGUAGAGGAAAACGAGGCAAAGUUCGCUGCAAGAGGUUCCAGCGCGAACUUCAAGAUGGCCUUUUCCGCGAUGUCUGCUAGUGAGUCUUUUUCAACCCGCUUUCCUCUUAAGUUAUGGCGUCUGCUAAACAGAUGUAAUUCGGGGGCAAUUUGUUGGGCUGAGCAUGGACGUUCAAUCAGGAUAGAUCGGAGAAUGUUCGAGAGGGAGUUUUUAAUGCCAGCCGACAGUGCUUUCAAAACCUCGAAUUUCAGUAGUUUUGUCAGACAGUUGAACUUGUAUGGUUUUAGAAAAGUAAUAAAUACUUUUCGUUUCAAUCAACCCGACACAUUCCCCGAUUCAGACAUCCAUGAAUAUCAUCAUCCUUUUUUCCGACGAGGACACCCGGAUUUACUCAACAGAGUUCAGAGAAGAAUGAAAGGAAGAAAAAAUACUGCCGGACGGCCGGAUUUCGGAGUUGAAAAUUCUCCACUGGUUUCCUCCUUACUGAAGCCAUUAGGUCAUUCCACGCCAAAAGAGCAUGGCCAGUAUGACCGCCAACCUCUGCACACGUUGGAAAUCAAUGCCUCUGUUUUGAGGUGCCCUGCUCUACGGAUGGACAAUGCUGCCAGUUGGUCUGGCUGUCAGACUGUUUCUAAACCAGUUACUACUCCAGCUUUUCUCUCAACCAUUCCAGGUGCUUCUAACAACAGAUCAGCAGGGAUGGAACUGGCUCAUUUUGCAUCAAAUGUAAGCAACACAUCCCAUAUGGCACCCAGCAACUACCGAUUACAGCAUGUCUCAGGGCACCCAGUUGUUGAAGCUAUCCAGCAAGUACUUGGUGAUAAAACCUUGUCCGACCUAGUAAUGCCCAAUUCCGUGAGUGGGGAAUCUUCAUCAUUGUAUCACAACCAAACAACACCAAUUCUUCCUGGCUACAAUGCCCUUUGUGCUCCACAGAAAACCAGCACUCUUCCGUUGAAUUUACCAACCAAUCAAAUCUACCCUAUAACCACAGAGUCCCUUCUGGCUCAUGCAUACAGUGUGGAUGCUCAGCAUUCUGUGAAAGUGGCAAAUGCUUUGCCCGCAAGUCAGACGACAGCUCACCAAACCCGCAGCCCUUUAGCCGCAGCGCGCGGAGAACUGGCCUCUCUGUCACAGCUUUCCUCUCUACCUGACACUGUCAUGUCACACCUUGUCAACCUCUGUCCCCCGAUCAACUCCCAGGCCCACCCUAAUGCUGCAAACGUGGUGCAGGCCCAGGGGACCUUCCACUUUGCUCCAGCCAACACCAUGCCAAACCAACCCAUCCAUCUCAGUGUCACUAUGCCCAACUUAGUUACCACAGAAAGGUUUCUCAACAACGCUCACAGUAAUACACUGUCUACCUUUCAAUCUAGUUCCACGGGGCUGGUGUCAGGUCAAACCCCAGUGAGAUCUUUCAACUUGGAUGCUGGCAAUACGCAUUCUGGCUCACAAUGUGCCGUUCCCUCAGCUGUUCAGCAGCAAAAAGAACCAUUCAGCACAAGCGCCAUCUCAGCUCAGUCCAAUCCACAGGUACAUACCGGCAUUGGUAUGUCACACCCAGCUCAACACGGUGGUUCCUACAACUUCUCCAGUGACAGUGCUCUUUCUAACCUUGUCACCAGCUCCUCAUUGUUCACCUGUACUGAGUCAGCUCCUCUAACUUCCUAUGCUCACACCAACCAGCAAGUCCCAGACAGUUCCCAGUCCCCGGAAAUCCAAGCUCCCUGCUCAGAGAACCCAAUUUUACCUGCCCAAGCCGGCUUUGCAGUCAAGAUGGAACAGAUGAGUGACAGUGAUCUGGCAAGAUCAUCUGUUGAAUGCAGAAACAAUCUUCCCGCAAUCCCGGACAACGCAGACUUAUCAUCAGCAAGCUGCUCUGGAGGUACUACCAUACCAAUGCCAAGCCCUGAUCACACUCAACUUUCCAUUGUGUCCUCUAAUAGAAAUGUUAACGUGAUUGACAGCAGCGCUUCUAGUUUUCUCAGAAGGCUGUCUCAAGGGGGAAUGGAGGCAGGCAGAACAGGUGAUGGCACUGAUGUUGAGUCUCCUCUCAAACAGUUUGAGCAAGAUCAUCAAACUUCCAUGGAGGGCCAAGAUGUUUUUAUGUCAACGAUAAAAACAGAAAUGCUGUAAAUUAACAGCACCUAUAUCAGCAUUUGAUUCUAAGGGAGCCAAUAAGUCAUUUUUUUAUUUGUAUUUACUAUCAUCAAACAAGUAAUGUUUAUGAUAAUGAGUAAUUUUAUACCGAAAUGAUUGGGCAUCCAGUAAGCUCAAGUACUAAAUAUUUUGUUAGGCAUAUUUACAACUUAUUUAUUGCCUAUUUAUUGUCCCAGGCAGGACUAUAUCCCUCUCAUUGUCAGGGAGGAAUUAUUUAACAAAAUGCCUCUGUAUUUUAGAAGCAUUAAUAUUUUCCAGUCCAUGUCAUAGUGUGCAGAGACUGGGAGUGGCACAAUAUGUGCACAAUUGUACAUUUCUUAAAAUAUUUAUGAGCAGUAUGUAAAUAAAGUCACUAAUUUAUCAUGCGUGUUGAAUACCGUACAUUUAUGUGAACAUUUAUUUACUCCACCAAAUCAGGGGUCAAAAUGUUUGAUAUUUUGAGAUCUUCAGAGUGAUGACAUCAAUAAAAAUUGAGGCCAUCAAAAGUGAUUUAAAUGUCAAAUGUAUUACAUUCCAUUUAUAUCAUUGUAAUACAAAAUGGAAAUGGAUAAAAUACAACAAUCAUUUAUAUUUGCAUGAUCUUUGGUUGCUCAAUUUGAUGUCAUCAUUUUUAUUUUUAGCUCUGAAAAAUGGCUCAACAUUUUGACCCCUGACCAAAAAAUGUCUUCUGUACUAAAUGGAUGAGUGAAAUUUUAACAGACCCAGAUACCAAGACUCUACCAAGUGACAGUAAAACAACAUGAGUACUCCAGUAGUUUCAAAUGUGACUGCUUAUGUUAAAAUUCAUGAACAAGUUCUCUUGUUCUGUUGAAUUCCUUGUUGUGCUUGUGGUGAUGACAAUCUGGAGUAGUUAUAGAGAUGUUAUAAAUGCAAUGUUAACUCAGUAUUAGCAAGGGCAAUUUUCAAUGAUAUCCCCAAGGAUAUAGAGGGAUUUCAUAUUGUAACUGAUGUGGAACAGCAACAUCAGUUAUCUUCUUGCUGACCAAUGCCUGGAUGUACUCAAGGAUAUAGAAGGGAUUUGUAUUGUCACAGAUGUGUAACAGCCUCAUCAUCUUCCUGACCAAUGCCUGGGUGUACUCAAGGAUAAAGAAGGGAUUUGUAUUGUCACAGAUGUGUAACAGCCUCAUCAUCUGUCUGACCAAUGCCUGGAUGUACUCACAGAUAAAGAAGGGAUUUGUAUUGUCUUUGUAUUG